AUGUUUAGUCGUCAAUUAAUAACAAGAAUAACUAAUAAAAGAUUUGCAUCAACUACAACCACCACUCCGUUAACUCCUGUUGCUAAACCUAAAAAAAUUGGCGCUUUUAGAGGUGGAUUUAUUGGAUUUUUAUUGGGUGUAACUACUACUGGUAUUGGCUCUUAUUAUUAUCUAUUGGAACAAUAUAAAUUAGCAAAUACUGUUGUUGUUUCUGAUGUUUUAGCUUUACAAAGUUCUAUUUCAAAUUUAGAACAACAUAUUAAAUCAUUGGAAGAAAGAAAAUAG